AUGGAUUCCCAUCCGGUCUCGGCCAAGGAUAUUUUUCUGAUAUAUUCGAAGGUUUUCACGAGCCAGUCGGUACUUAUGAGCUCGACGGGCACCAGUGGCCAGACCGGGCUCAGCGACGGGACCGAGGCGCGUGAUUGGGGCUAUUCCGGCAUAAACCAUGAUUACAUUCAGAGGACGUAUGGUCCCUGGCACCAUCAUCAACCCGAAUACGAGACAUCAAGUUCGCAUGUGCCACCCGUCUCUUAUGGAUCAAGUCCCCCACGUGUCCAAUAUUGGCAAUCCUCGCCACCAAGAUUCCAACAAGCUGAACCAACAAAUUCUUGGGCAGAAAUCCAACCCACCCCACAGGACUACUACAAUUGGGCAGAUAGUCGAUCGGAUCAAGCAAGUCCGACCACUGCUGAAACGAUCCCCGUAGUGCGAGAACACAACCAGUCUUUACUUAGGAGUUCAGAAACGUUGCAACAAUGUCAAAGGUACUCAGCUAAAAUUUCAGACCGUCCUCCCCAACAAGCAAAACUUCUCAACCUUUUUUCGUACGGGGUGCAACAAUUUACUGCUACUGACCGCUACAUAAUAGGCGAUGGAAACUGUCAAUCCCGGGCCUUGUCGUAUUGGCGUUUUGGAACACAAGAUAGGCAUGCUGAUGUUAGAAAGGCUAUUUAUAAUCUGGUGAAAACUGGGAGAUACAAAGACUCAUUGGAGAAGGGCACGUUGAGGAAGUUUAAUGAAGCGCAGGCGAAAGAUGGGGUAUGGGGUGACGAACAAACACUUGCAGCCGCAGCGGAAGUAUACAAGAAAAGGAUAAUCUUACUUUCUUUAGCCUCCCCAAAUAAACCAUACUUUGUAGAAUAUGGAAAGGCUUAUAGCGUUGAUCCUAAAAGGCCGGGGUUGAUCUUCUGGAAUAAUCACUAUGAGUUGCUUUUUUUUCAAGGGAAUAGAAGAAAAUUUGACAGGAUUUGA